AUGAAUGAAAGGCUGUCAGAGGCAGCUCAAAAAGGAAGUGUAGAUUCACUACUCCAACUCCUACAAGAAGAUCCUCUGAUCUUAGACAGAACCAUUGUCUCAUGCAUAUCAGAAACGCCUCUACACACAUCGGCCAUGCUGGGCCACACGGCCUUCGUCAGGGAAGUACUGGGUCGAAAGCCCGGGUUCGCCUCCGAGUUGGACUCACAGGGUUGUUCACCACUCCACUUGGCAGCAGCAAAGUGCCACCUUGAAAUCGUCCAUGAGUUACUCCUCGCAGCUCCUGAGAUGGGUACGGUGAGGAAUUUCGAUGGAAGAACAGCUCUGCAUGUGGCGGCCAUCAAGGGAAGAGUUGGGGUGGUCACCGAGUUGGUCCGAGUGAAGCCUGAGUUAACUCGGGUGUUGACUGACCGAGGCGAGACGGUUUUGCACCUAUGUGUGAAGCAUAAUAGGUUGGAGGUAUUGAAGUUGUUGGAGGAACCGAUGAAGAGAAAUAGUGAGUUGGUGAAUUGGAAAGAUUGCGAUGGCAACAAUGUCUUGCAUAUUGCUGUGGCCAAGAAGCAAAUUGAGAUUAUAAAGUUUUUGCUUACUAUUAAUGGACUGGAAGUGAAUGCGCUUAAUGCAAAUGGGUUUACAGUUUUGGAUAGUCUAAUACAAAGUCCAAGAGAUUUGAAAGAUAUGGAAAUCGAAGAUUCAAUUCGGGCUGCUGGAGGUUUAAGUGUAAAGGAAUUGCAUUUGAUCACAAGUGACUGGGCUCCGGCAAAAGUUCCUCAGAUCAACGAACGGCUUUCCUCAACAGAGAGCAGAUCAAAGAAGCCAGCAGUGAAGCAUCAGGGUAUAGAUUGGCUUGGUAGACAGCGAAGCGCAUUGAUGGUGGUCGCUUCUUUGAUUGCUACUGUGGCCUUUCAAGCUGGAUUAACCCCACCAGGAGGUGUUUGGCAAGAUGACUAUCAGGUAGACUCCAAUGGCAACCCAGUGAGUGAUCCUCACACGGUUGGGACAUCAGUGUUGGCAUAUAAAGGGCCGUUUGAGUAUGGUUUGUUCAUGAUUUUCAACACACUCGCUUUCCUUUCAUCUUUAAGCAUAAUCCUCCUGGCUGUUAGUGGGCUACCAAUGAAACGACGGAGAUGGAUGUGGGUUCAAAUGGUAAUAAUGUGGAUUGCAAUCAGUGCACAAGUGGUGACUUAUUUUCUCACACUUCGACGUAUGUCACCACGUAAUUUUGAAGUCCAGGCCACGCUACGAGAUGUAACUCAGAUAUCAGUCUUGACAUGGUUGUCACUCAUGGCUGUCGUCUUCAUAGGAAACAUUGUUCGUAUGAAUAUAUGGAUUCUGAGGAAGUAUGGCUACAUUAAACAAAAAGAAAGCCAUCCUUCAGCUGCAAUUGAUGACGAUCAAGAAGAAUUCUGA